AUGGCGGCUCCCAUGAACCUUCAGUGUCUGGAUCAGUUUCCAUCUCAAAUUCACCCUCUUCACGUACUCAUCAACAAAUCACAACUCACUCAAACAUUUCCAGACUGCACUGGACCAACACACGCGUUGUUAUUUUCAUCGACGGACCAUCAGUCAUCUUUCAAACUGGGCUUUUUGGUGUGCGCCCACGUGACUCCGGAGGAAGAGACGAAUGUAAACAAUCACAUGUGUCUCACUGUCUGUGUGAGCAGAUCGUUUCUCAAACACUACGAUCUGAAGGACAACUCGCAAGGAACGGUCCGUCCACAGUCCCUGCUGCCUUUGAAGAAGAUUGUGAUCGGUGCUCGGACCAAACCAAGCUUUAAAUGGGCUUCUUCAGAGAAGUUCUCCAAUGCUCUGCUCAUCCUGGCGUCCUGUCAUGGUCAGACACUGCUGGCGAGACAGGGCGAUGCCUUACUCAUCCCUUACCAUCAUUUACUGGGUGAAGACGCCUCACAGGUGCAGCAGUACCUGUCAGAUAUGAUGGUGCUGGAGUGCACACCUGUCAGCCAGGGCAGGAUCACGGUGGACACCUGUGUGGUGGUGUCAGACUGCAGAGACUUGAGCUUUAAUGAUGCUAUGGACCAGAUCAGCAUCAUCAACCAAACCAGACUCGCUGCUUCAUCUCUGUUUGUUUCUGAUUUUGCGCAGUAUGCAAACAGUUUGAGCUCAGGAAGCUCGUUUUUGAACAGUAAACUAUUGGGCAGCUCAGACUUCAGUACUUUCUUACAGGCUCUGGAGUGCAGACUUGAUGUCCGGGUCACGGAUGUCUCAGAUCUCCAUAAACCAGGUGGAAUUCUGUCCAGACUGGACCAGAAUGAUGGUUUAGACACUGACAGCACAAUAUUUGUGCAUAAGAGUUUGUUAUUGAAGCUGGGCGUGUUUAAUGGGGAAUGGGUUAUUGCAUCUGUUCCGUCAGAAAAGGCAAAGAAAUCUUCGAAGACACACUUUGCUUUGAGUCCUGAACUGGGAGAAGCAGAAAACACCUGUAAAAUCCCUUAUAAGAGAAGAGGGCGUGCUCAUCUUGUUUCAAUCAAGGCGUUUGAUGCAGUUAGACUCUCAGAGAUGGAUGUAAAUGAUAAUGUGGGCUUCAUUUCACCUGUUCAGUGGUUUAAUCUGUCCGGUGGGAUGGCAGUACCUGUUGGAAAUAAGGCCAUUAAAAUCAAGAGGUGGAAUAAGGUGUUGUCAGAUGUGGAGUCACAGCUGUCUGCGAGUGCAUGUCGCUCCGCAGUCCCGCCGUUUGCUAAAGAGCUGCACAUUGAAGCCGUCAUAUCGCCGGACUACAACGCCCAUGGUCCCUUCGACAGCAUCCUCUACAAGCACUUCAGCACACCCAGGCUUGUUCAGCAGGGGAAUAUAUUGGGAAUCCCAUCAGAAGGACAUCCUGAUCUUGUUGAGAACAACUCAGAAGGAAUCCUCAGGUGGCCUGUGCUGUAUUUCAAAGUCAAGCAGGUGUCUGGUUUUUCUGAAGAGGAGGAAGAGAUUUCUUCAUAUCUGGCUGAUUCGAGUCACACCUCGCUGUACAUGGGAGGCUCUACCCACAGCCUGUCUCCCUGCUCUGUGCAGCAGAAGGGUCAGUCCUUCUGGACCAGUGUCUCUCCUCCUGGUCUCUCCAGCACUGUGGAACAACUCAUUACGAUCAUGCAACCACACCUCUGUGAAAGCUCUGCUACAUUAAACAGAGGCUGUUCUGUUCUUCUGAGGGGUUCCAGCGGCAGUGGUAAAGUUACCGUGGUAAGAGCCGCCAGCAGAAGACUACAUCUGCACCUGAUCAAGGUGGACUGUGUCAUGCUCUGCGCAGACACUGCAGCUGCAUGUGAGGUUAAGAUGAAGUCUGCGUUUGAGAGGGCGGAGCUCCAUCACCCGUGCAUGCUAUUGCUAAGAAACCUCCAGUUGCUCGGCCAACCACGUGACGGCAGCGAGAUGGACUCCAGGGUCAUUUUUACCCUCUGCCAGCUCAUAACCGCUGCUCAUGCCAGUGUGGUUGUGAUUGGGUCUGUGAGCAGUCCGCGAGAGCUCUCCUCAGAUGUGAUGGCAGCGUUUGUGCAUCAGGUUGCGCUAGAGAGUCUGUCAGAGGAACAGCGGCGGGUGAUGUUGUCCAGUCUCAGUGAAGAGCUGCCGCUAGGAAAAGACGUCAACCUGUGCAAGAUAGCCAAACAAACCGCUGGUUUUGUUUUAGGUGAUAUUUGUGCGCUUCUAACCAACGCGGGAAAAGCUGCUCAUAGGAGACUUCUGAAGCUGUAUUUUCCCAGUGGGGCUAGUCAGCAGGAAGAGCAGGAUCUGUGUGUGUCUGGGGUGAGCGUCCUGUCGGAGGACUUUAGCACGGCACUGGAUGUCCUACAGGAGGCACAUUCACAGGCCAUUGGAGCUCCAAAGAUCCCGUCUGUAAGGUGGCAGGACGUCGGUGGACUGCAGCAGGUGAAGAAGGAAAUUCUGGACACGAUUCAGCUUCCUCUGGAUCAUCCAGAGCUGCUGUCUCUGGGACUGCGGCGCUCAGGACUGCUGCUGUACGGACCGCCCGGCACUGGAAAAACUCUGCUGGCUAAAGCUGUAGCCACAGAAUGUUCCAUGACCUUCCUCAGUGUGAAAGGACCUGAACUCAUCAACAUGUACGUUGGUCAGAGUGAAGAGAACAUUCGAGAGGUGUUCAGUAAGGCCAGAAGUGCCGCUCCCUGCAUCAUCUUCUUUGAUGAGCUGGACUCUUUAGCUCCUAACAGAGGACACAGUGGAGACUCGGGAGGGGUCAUGGACAGGGUUGUGUCGCAGCUGUUAGCAGAACUUGAUGGUCUUCACUCAUCAGGAGAGGUGUUCAUUAUCGGAGCAACUAAUCGUCCAGAUCUGCUGGACCAAUCACUGCUCAGACCCGGCAGAUUUGAUAAAUUGGUGUAUGUUGGUGUCAAUGAAGACAGGGAGUCACAGCUCCAGGUGCUCAAGGCAAUAUUACGCAAGUUUAAAGUGGAUCCCAGUGUGAAUUUGUCAGAGGUUGUGGAGUGCUGCCCGCCACAGCUGACGGGAGCCGAUCUGUACGCGCUCUGCUCAGAUGCCAUGAUGUGUGCAAUCAAGAGGAAGAUCUUACGCAUCAAUGAAGGUGUGGAUUCAGAGGUCAGCGCUCUCACUUUGUGUUCAGAAGACUUCAGGCAGGCUCUGUCAGUCCUUCAGCCAUCCGUCUCUGAACAGCAACUCUACGCAUAUAAACUCAUCCAGCAGAAAUUCACAUCAAAAUAACUCAAGAACCACCAGCUGCAGCCAAAACACUCUGUGAUUGCGUGUUGCGUGUAAAUCAGCUGUCCUAACCAGAAAAAACUUCCUCUUCCAUGUUAAAGGCCUGAUUAACAGCAUUUGUGGCAUGAUGUCCAUUACAACAAAAAAUUAUUUCGACUCUUCCCUCGUUUAUGCAAAAAAGCGGUAUUUACAAUGGAAGUGAAUGGGGCCAAUCCAUAAUCUUAUCUGUUUAAAGUUAUAUCCAAUAACAGGACACAUAAUUUCACUUUUAGCCUUGACAGAUACAUUUGUUGAAUAAAAUCAUUGAAAACUUGUCACAUUGCAUCUGGUUAGGACACUAAUACACUGUUCUCACAAAAAAAAGCUUUCUUAGAACUAAGAAUCUUUUUGAAGAACUAGUAAAAAAAGUAAAUAUAUUUGACGUCUAACCUGUCCAUGUUUACUUUCUGAUGCCGUAGGAUUUCUAUGCAUUUCUUCCUUAAUGGGUUUCAGCAUUUAUGCUUGACUUUGAAUCGCACUGGUUGAAAAUUGGCAAAUCUAAUGUUCAUUAACUUCCUGCUUAGAGAGAGUUUCUAACUAGCACUGUUAUUACCACAACUGUCUGUGUUCAGAGGUGCUUGAUGAAGGGCUUAUUACAAUGCAAAGUGAAAAUAUUCAUACACAAUAGACAUUCUGAUCUGAACAUACAAUUGGUCACACUUUAUAUUAAGUGGUUAGUUUUAGAUAUUUAAUUUACUAUUAAUUUGCUAUGCAAAUGUUGAAUUGUCAGGCUUAAAUAAGUGAUUUGAUUUGGACAGGUAAUUUUGAUCAUAUCUGUAUAUACUGAAAAAGGUAAAUGAUUAACCAUUUCGGGGUUUUUUUAUGAAAUGGCAAAAGUUAAAUUUUUAUAAAUGUUUUAUUUUAUGAUUUUAUAAAUGUAUAGAAGUACUUAAUCUUCCUCAUCAUCUUGUUAAUAUGAAUGUGUAACAAAGGGCAAAUGGAACGACUUUAUAUAAAGUGUUACCUUGUUUAUUCAAUGAAUUCAUUGAGAAGAAGAUAAAAAUGAUCUAUGUGAUUCUUCAAACAAAUCUGUGUGUCUGCUUUGACAGAGUAACUAAAGGUAAAAGACGAUAUGAACAUAAAAGACUAUAUUAAUUGAAUAGAAGAUCAUUUAGUACAAUUUCAAACUGUGCAAGCAUAUAUUUUGUGACUCAUUGUGCUGCAGCUUGUUGCUGGAGGUUUUGUGAGUCAGUUCAGGCUGGGCAAGUGCUAAAAGAUGACUCAUGACAACACGUCUGGUGCAUAUUUCACCCCAAAAUUGAAAGAAUAUAAAGAAAAUGAAACCUAUUUUUAAGUCUGUUUAGAUGUUUUUCUUUAAUGUAACAUAAAUUUCAUGUAAAUGAAACACAUUUCCCCCAAAACACCCAGUACUGUAAUGCAAAAGAAAUCUAAUUGUCAUUACCGCAAUGCAAUAAAUAAAUUAUUAAAUUAAGAAAUGUGUAUAUUAUUUAAAUUUUAAUAUAUUUUUGCCUCACGGUGGUAUCUGUAGUACUACCUUAAAAACAAUCAUUGUAUUACAGUACUUUUACUGUAAAACAUUACUGUAAUUGACAUAUGGGCUUCGUUUUCUUUAUAAAUAUAUAAUUUGAAUAAUACGGUUUUAUUUAGAUUUUGCCGUGAAUAAAUAUUAAAUUACAUAUAAAGUGAUGCCUAUUUUCUACAAUAUUGUUUUUUUGUUCUUUGCAUUGUAACAUAAUUUUCAUAACAAACACAUUCCAAAAUUAUUUUUACCGUAGUGCAAAAAGAAAAAAAUAAUAUUACCAUUAUGUAAUAUACAUUUUAAAGCAUUUAUAUGUCAGUUGAAUUUGUUGUACUGCUUUUUACUGUUUAAAAACAGUAAUUGUAUUACAGUAAUUUUACUGUAAAACUUUACUGUUACUUUGUUAUAGAAAAAUGCUAAUGGUCCUAAAAAUAGGCUUAAUUUUCUUUAUGGAAAAUAUAAUUUCUUAGUUUUUUCUUUCAAUAUUGAAAUAAAAUAUGACCAGGACCUUAACAGGUUUCAUGAGAUUCACAUUAACAAUUAAUGCAAAAUGUAUUUCUUUAUUAAAAUGUUAGUUAUUACUCUGUAGACAUCUCCAGUAUAAACCAAUAAAUUAUUAACAUGAAUACUGUCAAAUGAUGUCUUCA